UUCAGUGUGAUAAAAUGUUUGGCACAGGCGGAGUGAAGCGCGCGCUCCGCGACACAAGCCCGCCAAAUAAAAAUUCAAAUUUCAAAAUGUUAAAAAAAUAUUAAAAACUGUGCUACUUCGAAAUUAAUGUGUUAUUUUAUUUAUAAAAUAAUAAUUAUUGAUAUUUUUUUUCUGUGCGAUAGGGCUGUGUAUAAGUUUUAAGAACAUUUUUUUCGAAAACUCCUCGGUGAUUGGUUGAUUUUGUUUUUCGAAAAUUUGAAUUUUUAAUUAUGUGAAUGUUACUGUUGAAUAACUGAAUGUGUUUAUUGGCUGUUAUGGAACUUUCACACGAGGUACAAUCAAAUUGUAAUUGACAGAAAAUCACAAAGGGAACAUCAGUCGCACUUAGUUAAAAAGAUGAGAACGCGUGCCAUUUCAAAAGAUCGGUUGUGUCUAGAGAUUCAUAAAGAAAUAUAUCCAUUACACAAUAGAACGUAGAAGUGACUGUGUUCCAAUAAUAUACCAAAACAUGUGUUUAAGUUAUAAAAAAAUAAAAUACAAUACAAAUUCUACCCUAAAAUCUAAGUGUUAAAGUUUAAAAUUGAUUGUUUGAAACGUGAAUUAUGAAAUUAAGUGUGAGCGCAUACCGCGCACAUGCGUCUGCGCACAAGAAGAUCCUGACGUCAUCGUACCAGCAACACUAUGGGAGCACCGCGGCGCCACCUAUCUGCAACCCGCUGCAACCACCCAACUUUACUCCACAGGCAGAAGAAGGCACAAACCGCACGUCAGAAGGAGAAGAUAACGAUGGGAGUGAGAUUAAUGCUGGUUCCUCUCGAGUCCUCUCUGCAGCCACCUCAAGAGAAGAAGACGAUGACUCCAGUAACAAUGCAAGCAGUGAAAGCAAGAGUCCUGGCCAGAGGCGACCGAUCAUUGCAUCGAGUUCGUCAAGCUCUCGCAAGUCCAUGCAGGACACUGAGAGGGCGGAGUCAGACACAGACAAACGCGGCCAUAAAUGGAGACACGUCCAAGCUGUCAUGGCAUACUACCAGGCACUCAGGAAAAUAAAGAGAACAAAAUCGAACCAAAGAUGGAUGAAGUUGCGAACGACUGUGCAGCUCAGUUCAGCGAUACAGAAGAAACCGCCGUUGAAGAGAGAAGACUCUUUCUUAAAGAGAUUUUCCACUAGACAGACACCGUUGACUCAAGAAACUGUAGAAGACACAGGAUCAGAAGGAGCCACAGGAGACCACAGAUCUACGAACAGGCAGAGAAGACGGAAGAUCAGGGCCCCGCGCACCGUCGUCAACCCUGACGAGAACUUCUUCUUCUACUGGCUGUGGCUGAUCACCAUCUUCGUGCUGUACAACCUCUGGACCCUCAUCGUUAGACAGAGCUUCCCUGAGUUACAGAUAAUGUGCCAUCACUUCUGGCUGACGUGUGACGGCAUCAGCGACGUGGUCUUCGCUCUGGACCUCGUCGUGCAGUUCCGAACUGGUUACCUGGAGCAGGGACUGAUGGUUUACGACUCGAAGAAACUAGCGAAACAUUAUAUAAAGUCGCGGAAUUUUCUUUUGGACAUCGUUUCGUUAGCACCCCUAGACUUACUGCAGCUGCACAUUGGUACCAACCCUAUCAUCCGCUUUCCUAGAUUUUGUAAGGUUUACAGAGCAGUGGACUUCUACUACAUAGUGGAGUCGAGGACGGUGUACCCCAACUUCUGGCGCGUCAUCAACCUGAUCCACAUACUGCUCAUCCUGGCGCACUGGUUCGGCUGCUUCUACUUCUUGCUGUCGGAGGCUGAGGGAUUCCAGGGUGACUGGGUGUAUCCCCACCGACCUGGCGACUACGCUACCCUGACGAGGAAGUACCUGGGCUCCCUUUACUGGUCGACCCUCACUCUCACCACCAUCGGGGACCUUCCGACGCCAGAGACCAACGCCGACACCCAAGGAGGCCCCAAAUUUCUGCCGCGCCGCGGGCUCAAAUCCCGCCUGCUGCAGUUCAGGUCCAAUCGAGGGUACGUAUUCACAAUAGUGAGCUAUUUGAUUGGCGUGUUCAUAUUCGCCACUAUAGUGGGGCAGGUCGGCAAUGUCAUCACAAAUAGGAACGCGAACAGACUCGAGUUCGAGAGACUUCUAGACGGCGCCAAAACUUACAUGAGACAUCAUAAGGUGCCAGGUGGUAUGAAGCGGCGUGUGCUGCGAUGGUACGAUUACUCUUGGUCCCGGGGUCGGAUCCAAGGGGGCGGGGACAUAAAUACUGCCCUGGGCUUGCUCCCGGAUAAACUGAAGACAGAACUUGCUUUGCACGUCAAUUUGAGUGUUUUAAAGAAGGUAACGAUAUUCCAAGAGUGCCAACCAGAGUUCCUUCACGACCUCGUUUUGAAAAUGAAAGCAUACAUAUUCACUCCCGGAGAUUCCAUUUGUAGAAAAGGUGAAGUGGCUCGCGAAAUGUUUAUAAUAGCAGAUGGCAUACUAGAAGUGAUAUCAGAACAAGGGAGAGUACUCACCACUAUGAAGGCAGGAGACUUUUUCGGAGAAAUCGGAAUACUAAACCUCGACGGAUUGAACAAGCGAACUGCAGACGUCCGAUCAGUCGGCUAUUCCGAACUAUUCUCCUUAUCUCGAGAAGAUGUAUUAGCAGCCAUGAAGGACUACCCCGAAGCCCAGGAAAUCCUACAAACCCUAGGAAGGAAACGCCUACAAGAAGCUAAAAAUAUGUCCAAAAAAUGCAAAGGACGCAAGCCCAGGCAAGACGCUAAAACAAUAACGAAGAAUUUAAAAGGCGAAAUAAGUCCCGACAAGAUGUCUGGCGACGACAGUACAUCUAAAAGGAUCGUACACAAGCUUCGGAGCGACGUUAAGGGCAUUCGCAAUGCAAUCCGAAGCAGAUCUCGAGCUGGACGUAGAUCUGGAGAGUCAUUAGAACUACAAGCUUUAGCUGGAGCUGAGAGGGCUGGCACUGCAGAAGGAAAGGUUCUAAGAAGAAUGCCAAGAGUCGAAAGUGAUGAUUCGGCUCAUCCGCAUAAUCAAGAUGAUAACAAUGGCGAAACAACGUCUGGUAGCAAAGAUGGUGAGAAAUGUAUAUCACCCAUAGGAGCCGGUCUUCCAUUACUAUCACGAUUAAAGCUACUCAAAGAGAAACAGGAUCGUGAAGAAAAAGUAGCCAAACAAAGGCAUUCAACAUCAUCAGUUUUAUCUUUGACACCACAACCAACUCCUUCGACUAGUUCAGCACCAGAUGCUGAACCAGAAGUAAUAGGAGCUGGUCUUCCUCUCAUACAAAGAUUGCUCUUACUAAAGGCAAAAGAAGAGAGAGAUAAGAACCAACUCACUCCAACUAUGAGCAAUCAGCCCUCCAGUUCCGACACAAUUAGCCCCACUUCCAUCAAAAGCCCUCUGAGUCCCACAAUAAAGACUCUUAGUCCAAUCAGAAAAGGUUCAGAAUCCAGCUCCCCGGGCAAACUUCAAAGCCCAACCACAAAAACGUCCAGAAAAAACUCUUCUGGUUCAAGUGAUGGAACGUCUCGACCCAAAGUUAGUUUUAGAGAUAAAAUAUUACAAGUUCAGAGCGAUGGUACAGCGGUAUGUCAACCAUUAAAUAAAGAUACCAGUGAAAAACCUGCUGCCGUCGUAGAACCAACACCAAAAACAGAAAGCAACUUAAUUUCAAUACCCCACUCCGUUGUUAGUAAAAUUAAGUCCCCAGCAAAAGCUGUAGGUACUACAUUCCGAGAUAAAUUGAAACUAUUACAAAGUGGACCAAAGGACACUGAUAAUGCAACAGUAGAAAAGGCUAAAUCAGCUUCAUUAGAAAAAGCUCCAGUAGAAAUAAGUCCGUUACCAACAACUGAGGCUAAAGAAGAACCAAAGAAUAAAAAGCCUUGGACUAAACUUAAGAAGGCAGCCAUACUAGGAGAAUCAAAAAGCCAAAGCAAAAGUAGUUUAGACGAAAAGAAAGAUGAAAGUAUAAAUACGAGUAGUGAGAAAAAAGAUGAAGGUAUAGCGGAGGCAGUUGUAAAUAUAUGUGUGCCUAUAGUAACCACAGCGGAGCUUGUUAAAAUAGACAAUAAUAAUGUUGAAGUUGCUAGUGAUAAUGAUAAAGAUAAACCUAAGCUUUGCUUAACAGGCCCUUUGGAACCCGUCCAAGAGAAAUCAUUAGAUUUAUUAACUUUAUCUCCCAAGAAAAAUGUUAAUAAUGUAACAAAACCAGCUGAAACUAAGACGCAUAUGUCACCGGGAAUGCUGUUACCCAAAGUUAAAAAAUAUAGGUCAAUAGAUGAUUUAUCGCCAGAAUACGGCGGACUACCAUUUGUCAAAAAGCUAAAAAUCUUAAAUGAACGACAGAAAUUGGCAGAAUUAGAAAAAGUUGUGAAAAUUAGAAGUUCUAGUUUAGAUUGCACUAGUUCGUCUGAAGAUUUGCUUUGUGAUACGUUAACUAGAAGUCAUUCUGAAGGUAGCACUAUGGAUAAAAGAAAAUUCAAGCGAAAAUCCAUCGAUUCAUGUAGAAGUCAUGAAUCCAACGAAACUUUAGAACGAAGGGAAUUAAAGUCUAUUUUGAAGAAGCUGUCUGAAGAUGUUACUCCGGCUGAAAGUCCUGAGCGUAGUAAUGAGUUGAAGAGAUUAAUUCGUGCUCCGACUUUGGAAGGAUACGCGGCAAGACAUUCGAAGUUUGCCAAGAGUGUAACCUUCCACCGUCAUACACUACCCUCACCGCCUGGAAGUGCUCCAGCUGAUUAUCAAAAUGAUGAUGUUUUCACGAUGCCAGAAGUGAAUAUCAGUUCGAUGCCCCAAAUUUCUCCACCUCCUCCACCUGAUGUUGAAGUUACGGUACCAGAAACGCCCAACAAUCAGAUCGCAAGAUCAGCCGAACCAAAUGUACCCACAGACUAUGGGCUAAACAUAAGAGCUGAGUACGAACUUCAACAGAAUAUUGAUCCAAUGAUAGAUUUAAAAUCACUAAGACCUGAAGAAAUUAAAGUGCCUUCAGAGAAACCUAAGCUAACUUUAAUAUCAGCGGUCGCAAACCAAAGAAAGUUAUUGCGAGGUUUGUAUUCAUUGACAGGCUCUAUUGAAGAACAGGAAUAUUUUGGAGAAGUACUGUUAGGUAUCAAACAAGUUAUACAAGGACACUUACAUGAUGUCCAGGGAAAAUUUCAGGAAAGGUUCAACAGUUUAGAAAACGAGGUACGAAAACGUGAUGAAAUAAUAAGUCAACUUCAAAAACGUAUCCAAGAAUUAGAAAAAUUAGGACUCUCUGGUAUGAGUCCAACUGCACAACCAACUGGAGAGGUGCCUUCAAUGCCUGAGGUUACUGAGGCAGUACAACCCACUUCUACCAGUCAGCCCAUAUCUAAAAGUGCUAGCUCGGGCAGUGAAGAUGCUUCAGCUGCCGAAGAAGGUUUCAUGAGAGGUGAUUCACUCGACACCGUUUUCGCUACAUCACCACCAACAGCAAGCGCUGACGAAGCAGAAAGAGACAGAUCUCCAGAAAACGAAACUGCUGCCGCAAAAGAAACCCUAUCUCCUGACGACCUCACAGAGGAAAACCUUAGAGAAUUAACAGAAGGAAUAGAGCUAUCAAAAUUAUCGUACGCAGAACUACAAAACUUAGCCGUAUCACUUUCACGAGCUGACAAGACAUCGUCGAGUAAAGAGCAAUGGACUAUCAGCAAAUCGAAGAGAUUAGAUCUGAACUUAGAUGGCAAAGCUGGAACAUAUUCGAGAAAACGUGCAGCCAAGUUGAAGCAACGAAAGUCUUGGGAGGACCAGAGUGACCAAGAGAGCAUGGAGAUGCAAGACUUGACGAGCAUUCCGUCUUUCAGGCCGCUUUCUCCCCACACCACGUCAGAAGACCGGUCUCUCCUAAGCCCAGAACAGUCCAGCUUGCGGUCCAGCAGAAGACACUUCCAUUUCUUCGGAUCACACCUUGACAACACCAAGUCGAAGAUCAAGAAGACUCUAUCAGUGGACACUGGGAUGCAUCAUACUGGAAAGAAUGAAAGGAGCAUUUGUUAUUCAGAGGGCCGGCCGCGGCAGCAUCGCAAGUUCAGUUUGGGUUCCCUCUUCCAUCGGACUCCAACUCAGAAGCCUACGAACAACUGCAACGAUGUCGUACUCGACAUGGGCAGUGAUUACAGCUGGAGUGAUGCGGGAUCAACGUCAUCUAGCAGUGAUUCAGAAUCAUUACCUCGCACGCCGAUGUUCGAAGAGUUUGUAGAGAACAGCUCAAGAAGAGGACGCGCCAGUAGCUCUAGUCAUGGUAGCUCGUCACCUAUUAGAGCGUUACCUGGCAGCGGCGGUGACUGGGAGGUUAUGAUGCUGGCGGACGAGCUGGAGAAGAGGGAAAGAGAAAAGGAGAGAGAAGAUGCUAGAAGACACCUAUACCCAACAACGCUAAGAGACUUGGAAGAGGAAUCAGACACCCCUCAGCGAGAUGACAGUCCGGACGAGUACUCGAACAUCGAAGACUCCAACUCUUCAUCCACCACCCACCUUCUCUCCCAGUCCAUCAGUGAUGCGUCUCAGCGGUCUUUGGAGACUUCCUUCACUGAACAAACUAGUAGAAUCGGGAGGGAGCCGAGGCAGAGACGUGUUGGGUCCGUGGGAGAGCCGGUACAACCCGACUCCUCCUUCCGCCAGUCACGAGGUCUCAUCCUCCGAGCCGCAAGCCUGGACCGUGAGACUACGCCCACCACCUCCGCAGGCGCGCGACGCUUCGGCUCCCUCAAGAGUGCCAGCACUGAUUCGCACAAGAGACUCUGAUCCGUUUGGCCGAGCGGACAAGCCCAGUCCGACGCCUUUCAAAGAGGUCCAAAUGAAAGUAAUGUGAUACGAGAUACGGCUCAAAAUUCUCAGGUUACAGUAAAUCAAAAUGAUUUAAGAAGGGGUAAAAAUGAUCUGAACGAGGGUAAAAGUGAUCAAAAUGGGGGUAAAAGUGAUCAAAAUAAGAAUAGUUUAGGUAAGGAUGGUGUAAGUCAAGAAAUGGACGGAGGGAAUGGAGGCCAAAACGAUAGAGAGAUUAGAAAUAAAGAUAAUAACGAACGAGAGAAUGCGAAUCCGAACAUAUUCGAUCAGCUGACAGUCAGCGGUCAAUUACUGAUCGUCAUUAUUUUUUUUGACGAUGACUUUGACUAUGUAAUUUUCUUAGUACUACAAUAAGUAAACUGUGUUGUGUUAUGAGUGAAUAUUGCAUGACUGGUUUCUACUUGACAUUGGACAAUUUAGGAAAUACAUACCUAAUACCUAAUUUUGUGAAAUAAUUGUCACAUUAAUUUAUAGAAUACAGCCAUGAUCGUAUCAUAGAGAAAAAAGAAGUCAGUAGGAAGAAAAUGUACUUUGAUCAUCUAUGAUGUACUUUCUCUAAUUUGUCUACUAUCAAGUGUGUGUACAACUAAACUACUAUUUCUAUUUCAUCUACCUACUCUUUAUUCUAGUUCUAUCUAUCUAUCGUAAUCUAUCUAGGAAACUAAUGUAGAUAUUCUAGAUUUAGCAUAGUAAAUAGAAUGUAAUAUUUGUUUAGUCUAUUAAUUUAAAUUAUAACUAUAUUCUAGUCUUGUCGUUUUGUGGUGCACAAAUUAAAUCAAUCAAUUAAAUAUUAUGUAUUUCUAGUAUGUUUCCAAAACGUACGAAAAAUGUUCCUUUUCAUUUUAUCUAUUUUUAAGAAUAAAAUUAUUUAAAUUAUCUAGCUAUUUAUAAAAAUGGAGCAAAAUGUUUCAUAGAAAUCUAGUCUGUAUUUAUAAGUAUUUUAAUUUUAUUUUGCUAUAAUGCAUUGUUAAAGAUAUGAGAAAUUAUUUACCGUUACUAUUCCUAUUUUUGCUUUAUGUCAAUAAUUUUAGCUACCUCUUAGAUUUACCCUGGUUUCAUAAAUAAUAAUUUUAUAUCUGUGCUGUUAAUAUUGUUACCAACACUAAAAUAAUUAUGUUACUAGAAUUUAUUUCAUGUUGUCUUAUUCAUAAAAAAAAAACAUUAUUUAUCAAAGAUAUUUACAUUUUUUGCUGUGUACCUAACAAAAAUUAGCACAAGAAUAAAUUAUUAUUAUAAAAAUAAUAAAUGUUUAAUAAUAAAAAUCCUAUUACUUUAUGAAAUAUUAAUUCUAAGUAGAUAGGUAGUCGUAUGAAAUAUUUAAUUUUAAUAAUGUCCGUUUAAUUUAUUUUUAAUUAAUAUUAGUGCCAAAUAACUAUUUAUUGUAGAAUCUUUUAAAAUUAAUUAAUUUAUGUAGAUGUUAUUCUUAAUGUAAAUAGUGUAUGAAAAACAUUUAUUCGAAUAUUAUUGUAAAUUAGAGAGUUAUUAUAUAUGUAACAAAAAGAUUUUAGAUAAUAUUAAUGAAACUUAGAUAUUUUAGGUAUCAAUUAUGCUUUACUGAAAUGUGAAGUUAGGUAAUGAUAAUAAAUAAAUUAUAAUUUUUAACCCGUAAAUGUUUAAGAAACUAGAGAGAUUAUUAAAAUAAUAUAUCGAUACCUACAGUGUAAAUUGUGAAGAUUGAACUAUUCGAUUGAAAAAAAUAUAAAUAUAAAAAUAUCCCAUGGAGUACAACUCUCAAUGUAAAUCCUACUAACUCAACACACCUAAACUAAAAUAACUAAUUGUAUUCUGAGUUUCUACUGUAAAAAAUAACUAUUUUUGUUACUUAAUACUUACCUACUUUUUCUGACUGUACCACCUUCCUAUUUUCUUCAUUGCAAUAAAUUGGCGGGAAAAUUGACGUUUGACAAGCUUGACAUUUUCACCUAUUAGAACGCCAUACACUACGCGAUUAAGUUGUAUCCGUAUAAUAGUCAAAUAAAAAUUUUGCACCAAAAUAAGAAAUCCGAAUUUCAAUAUAAACAUAUUGUAAUUUAAAAUAAAACUGAACAUCCAACUGGGUACAAUUUUACACUUUUUAAAAAUGUAGGUGUAUCUGACUAUGUUUGAUUUUUUUACAAAAUAAUAAUGACCUGAAUUAUUGUUUAUCGAUACCUAAUUGCAAGGUAACAAAAUACAAUUGCUAUUUAUAUCAAUUUAUUUAUGUACCUACAAACGUGCGAAUUUUUUUCUUACUUAUUCGAUAAAUGUCGUAAAAAGUUGACGAUUCUUUUUUAAUUAAUUAAAAAGGCUUUACAUAUUUGGAGACUAGAUUUAUAACUGUGCUUUGUAUUGCUAAUUACUUUAUUUCUAUUGUUUUUUGAAAAUACUUUUAAAAUGUAUAUUUUUUUCUUUAUAACAAAAGCAACAUGCAACAUAAAUAAAUAAAAUAUCAGUAUCUACCGUAGCGCGUAGUAGCUAAAAGAAUUCGCACGAAUAUUACUGAUUAUAAUUAUAUUUACUAUAAUUUAUCAGAAAACAAGCACCCCUUAAUAUUAUUGAACUGGAUAUCUAUGACGAACGUAUAUCUAUAUAUUUUUAAUUAAUCAUAAAUUAUUAGUUUUAGGUGUAAACUCAUACGAAAAGAUGAAAAUAAAAAUAAAAUAUUUAAAAUGAA